GCAACACCUUCCAUCCAUGCAAACAUGCAACACCCGUAUCCACCGGCCGGCCGAGAGACAAUCAGACAAACAUGCAAUGACAUCCAACGUUGUGAGUGACAGGAUCCAGUGAGAUAUCAGGAGACAGACAAGGCAAGCCAUGCAAACAGGAGGCAGCCAGCAAGCGAGAAAAGAACACUUCACCCACCCAGGCAGGCAGUAGGAUCUGUCCUCACUGACGCACACAUCCAUUCCACUGCAGACGCCCACGCACACCAACCGGCGUGGAUGAGUGAAUGGGCGAGGAACGUCUCUCUACCCAUCCAUAAGCAGCUGCCACCGCCCGGCCCGCCCAUGACAGCACAGGUGGACCGACGGGGCCGUGGGUGUGUCCUUACUGUUUGUCUGUCUGUGUGUCCCCUGUCUGCCAAUCUCCGGGGUGAAUGUCAACCAUCCGAUGCCCAAUUGAAACGAAACAAGAGGGUCUCACGUUCCCUCACAGAGACACGAACCCACACACAUUGAAGGUCUCCAGGCAUCAACAGACUUAGCUCGAUCAAGCAGAAAAAGUCGUCGUCGGACCAAGCAAUAAAAUCACAUGGUACAACCUACUCAUACACUGACUCAUCGAUCCCGUCACCCGUCCACACACACGAACUGGAUGGGCGGGCUGUGUGGUGUGAGAGAUAGAGCCAGGCAGCUCGCUAUUCAUCGGGCUGGGCCGCUCCCUCCAAGGGUUGCGCAGCCGUCAGCCGUCACUCGCGGCCCCCUGUCACUAAUUCACACGCACAUGGCAGCAGACGUCACAUAGCAUGUUAUCUAUGUGUGUGUGUGUGAGUGGAUGGGGUGUUGGGACGUCGAGGUCAGAUACAGAGAUGCAGCAAGGGCGCAGCGAUUGCAUACAUUUCCACUGGCCUAAACUCAUUCAUUAGAAACGUACAAAAGCAUGUGCGGCCAGCAGCAGCUAUGGCCUGUCUAUGCGGUGAUAACAUUCUUCCGUAGGAAUGCAUUGAUCUCCAUCGACUCGUACAGAAUGCCGCCGUCGGGCAGACCCAAAGCAGGCACCUGACUCACACAGACACACACACACACGCACACACACCAUCCAUCGGCCUUGCACAUGUGAGUGUAACAGCACAGCACCUCCUACCUGUGUGAGUCCGCCCCUCUGUUUGAGUUGGUCCUUCUGCGACGGGUCGCCCUUGACGUCCACCAGCGGCAACAUGCCCUGCAGCCCCAAAGCAGUCAGCUGGUCCAGCACAUGGACGCAGAAGGGACACUGGGGCAUGUAGAAGAGGCAGUAGCCCUCCUUCGACAGAUCCUGCACACACGCAGCCCACACAAUCAUCUCUCUCUCUCUCUCUGUGUGUGUGUGUGUGUGUGUCAUCCCAUUGCCCACCGUGGCCUUGACACGUUUCAUGUUUUCGACAAGCGGUGCGGGCGGCGCGUCCUUGCGAGAGGCCUUGACCUCGCUGAUAUAGUCGCGGCCCGUCUGCUUGCCCAUCCACUGCAGCACGGCGUCAAACGAGUAGUCGAAUGGACCAGGCCCACCUGCACCAACGACGCACACACCGCACACAGACCCAUUCCCCCUCAUAAGUGUGUUUGUUUCCUCGAUCUCUGGCCGACCGAUGAAUGCCAGAGUGCCAUCGGGUUUGAGGACCAUGAGGCGGUCGGGCCAGGCGGCGUAGGCCACGCAGGCCUCGUCGUCCAUGCCGUCGAUGAGCAGCUCGCCAGUGACGCCCUUGCCGGCGAAGAAGUCCACCGCCAGCUUGGUCCGCUCGGCGAGGCUCGUUGUCUGCUUGACCUUCAGAUUCCCAUACACCGCCCACUCAUCAGUCGGGUGGGCCUCCUGUGGCCACACACACACACAGACAUGGAGAGAUGGCCGCAGUCGUCACCCACAACCUCUGCUGGUGCGUGUGGUGUGUGCUGUUGAGUUACCCUCAUGUAGAUGGUGACGAACUUGGCGUCGUCCUUGAGCAGCUGUUGGGCGACCAUCAGGUCGUCCAUAACAGCCGCAAACUGACAUGCCAAUCAAUCAAGACAUACAAACAGGGGGAGAAAGGGGCCACUCUCGAGCAAACCGAGGAGGGAGGCGGAUCGGUCUCCUCUCUCUCGUGGCACUUACCGGGGGUCAGCUGCAGCUGCCGAAGUUGAGCACCAGGAACUUGGUGGCGUCGAGGAAGUCGUAGAUGUAACGCCUCUCACCCUCAGUCGUGUACACCACACAGUUGGGCGCCUUGCGGCCCUCUCUCAGGGUCCAGCGGCCACGUCUGCACACACAACACACACACAGCGUCUCCCUCCCUCCCUCUCUUCCUCGGCCCCGCGCCCACCUGUGAAGGCGCACAUAGAUCCAGAUGCGGUGGUAGAAGGCGGGAUUGGUCAGCGUGUGCCACAUGGUCUCGCUGAGGUCAUGUCGCAGCGGGUUGGGCUUCUCGGCGCCCAGCUCUCCGACGCCUUGUCGGUUGGUCAUCGGGCCGGGCAGCCCGGUGACCUUGACGCCCAGCUCUCGCGAAGUGGGAGCAUCCGGCUUUGUCGAAGCAGGAGCCUCCUUCCAGCCGAGCAGUCCCUUGAUGAAACCCAUAACGCACUUGAGAAUGUAGCCCUGACAGCAGACAGACAAGGCACACACACCAACAAGCAUGCAUCUCAUCCUCCCAAUGGCAUGCUGCUCAUCAGCUCAGAGACGUCGCCGACGGACUGACCUGUGUCAAGAAUCCGACCAUAAUGGCAAACCUGAUGACGUCCAGUGGCAGGUACGCCACCUCCCACAGCUGCUCUGACACCGACGAGGCCCUCAUCUUGUGUGGAGGAAGAGAUCAGCACAGCAGUCGACGACCUACACCAUGCAGACCGCCGACCACCAGAUCCAGGCGCUUGCCGACACCUCUCCGAUGCCGCUGGCUAGCGAAAGAAUGGAUGAAUUGGG